AGAGAGAGAGAGAGAGAGUGACGGGGAGAGGGGGAGCUUCUCGUCUGCCAGGUGUCAUCGUCUCUCCUUCAUUUUGGUCGAACAUCAGUGACUGAACGUUUCGCCUGUGAUGGAGGAGAAAGAAGAAGGAGGUGACGGAGGAGGAGGAGGUGGAGGAGGUUACCACCGCCCGGCUAAACGACUCCGGACUGAGGAAGGCGCCGCUGCCCGAGAGCUGGAAGACGGAGAGGAGGAGGAUGAGGAGGAGGAGGAGGGGGAGGAGAGGGAAGAGGAGGACUCGGCCGGUGAGGAGGCGGUGAGGAGCGCGCGCGCCGGGAGCAGAAGCCGGCGGAGCGGCGGAAAGGAUGGGGCAGAGGACAGUCACCACAUCCCGCCGUCUCCGGUCGUCCACGUCCGAGGACUGUGUGAUGCCGUGGUGGAGGCCGACCUGGUGGAGGCGCUGGAAAAGUUUGGCACCAUCUGCUACGUGAUGAUGAUGCCGUUUAAGCGGCAGGCCCUGGUGGAGUUCGACAGCGUGGAGAGCGCAGAGCGCUGCGUGACCGGCGGAGGCCGAGAGCCAGUCUACAUCGCGGACCAGCAGGCCUUCUUCAACUUCUCCACCAGCCAGAGGAUCACCAGACCCACCAACGCAGACGACCCCACCAGCAAAAACAAAGUCCUGCUGCUGUCCAUCCAGAACCCGCUGUACCCCAUCACUACUGAUGUGUUGUACACCGUCUGCAACCCCGUUGGUAACGUCCUUCGCAUCGUCAUCUUUAAGCGCAACGGCAUUCAGGCCAUGGUGGAAUUUGAGUCGGUGGAGGACGCUCAGAAGGCCAAGCUGGCCCUGAACGGCGCCGAUAUUUACUCUGGCUGCUGCACGCUGAAGAUCGAAUAUGCUCGGCCCAACAGACUGAACGUCGUCCGCAACGACAACACCAGCUGGGAUUACACCAAACCCUUCCUCCUGCACCGAGAGCGGGGCAAAGGAAGGCAGCGCCAAGCAAUCCUAGGAGAGCAUCCGUCCAAUGGCUAUGGCCCACACUGCCCCCUGCUGCCUCUGCCUGCAAACAGCAGGUACAGACGGAGCAGCGAGCAGGUCCAGGACAUGAUCUCCUACCCGCCGCUCCUCCCAAAGACCUUCCCUUCCACCUCCUCUUCCUCACUGUUGGGCUCCAGCUCCGUCGCCAUGGUGAGCGGCCUCCACCCCUCCAAGAUGAACUGCAGCCGCAUCUUCAACCUGUUCUGUCUCUAUGGCAACGUUGAGAAGGUAAAGUUCAUGAAGAGCGUUCCGGGAACAGCUUUGGUGGAGAUGGGUGACGAGUACGCUGUGGACCGAGCAGUGACUCAUCUCAAUGGUAUCAAGGUGUUUGGCAAGAAGCUCAACGUCUGCGUGUCCAAGCAGCAGGCUGUGAUUCCCAGCCAGGUGUUUGAGCUGGCCGACUGCAGCAGCAGCUAUCAGGAUUUCAGUCUGACCAGAAACAACCGCUUCAGCAGCGCGCACAGCAGCAGGAACAUCAUCCAGCCGCCCGCCGCCGUGCUGCACUUCUACAACGGCCCGCCCACUCUCACUCAGCACCAGCUGCUCAAACUCUGCUCUGAACACAACGUCCCGUCCUUCAUCAAGUUCAAGGUCUUUGAUGCCAAACCCAGCUCAAAGACUCUCUCUGGCCUGCUGGAGUUUGACAGUAAAACUGAAGCCAUCGAAGCGCUGACCGUCCUCAAUCACCAUCAGAUCAGGAUACCCGGCAUAUCCAACCCCUUCACCCUGAAACUCUGCUUCUCCACGUCAUCCCAUCUGUGACCUGGAAACAAAGAUGGCCGCCUCCGACGUGAAACCUUGCAGGAUGCACCGAAAACUACGUUUGUUGAUAUAAAGAAGAAAAAAAAACUGAGAAGGACAGACGAGAAAAUGUUCCCUCAUUUUGAAUGGAUGUGCAUGUUUGGGUCAGAGGAAGAUCUUUAAAUAAUUGCAGUAAACUUGAUAGACAGCUUUUAUUUUAGAAAAUUCUACUUUGUGUUUACAGUGAAUUAUAUAAAUCUAACACAAUGAAGGAAAUGGAUAUUUUCUUUAAAGUAAAUGCAACUUAAUGACUUUUUUUCUUGAAAAAAAUCACAAUAAUUAUAUACUAGAAAUACAAAACACCUUACAAAACAGAUUUCUUGCGAUUAUAAUAAUAUAAACAAUUAAAUGUGUGUUAGAAACUGCAUACCUUAUAUCAUCUACACACUCUUAAGAUAAUAUUUGAUUAAUUUUCUGAAUGAAUUCUACAAAAAGCUCAAUAAAUGUUCCUUCUAUUAGAAGUUAGCUUUGCUCCGCCCACCGCCUGGUUCCAAAACACGUUUAACGAGCAAUUACUGGAAGAACACGCUCAUGUGAAUGCCAACUUUUUAAACUCAAACUAGCUGAAGUUCACACCGUCAAUCACAUCAUUAUGCAGUUUUAUGUUCUUAAGAAUACAUCCGAAAUCAAGUUGACUCUGAGCUCCAGGAGAUCAGCACAUGUUCUUAUGUGAAACCAGCCAGAACUGGUUUGACAAAACCUCUUUAAAGUCCUUAGAAGAUGUUAACGGGCAAAGAAACUGAAUUAAACCUGCUUAUAGGCAGCCAUUCUAUUCAAUUUGGGCCUUUUUGUGUUUUGCUUCAAUACUGAAAUCCAUCAAAAUACAAGAAAAUAGAAGAAUUUAGAUCCAUAAUUCUAAAAAAAAUAAUCAGAACUAAAGCAGGUGAUCAGCAUAUAUAAUUUUUAAAUUUGAGAUUAAAAUAUAUAUACAUUUUUCUUUAUUUAAGAAGGACCGAUUUAAUCUUUAACCAUUUAAAAUAAUAUUUUCUUUACGUAAUGAACUUUGUUAAUAUUCUUUGUUUACAAAAUAUCAUUCAGUUACAGUACCUCACUGAUCUUUUAUGUUUACAAACUCCAGAGAUUUCCCCAUUUGGAUUCAAUUAGAACAAAGGAUUCAUAUUCUGUCUGAUUACACAAACACUCACACACAAAAUGUCUUUACUUCACCUUUUUUAUUUUUUAAAAGGCACAAAAAACUGACAACUUAAGGGCAUAAUUAUCCAAGAAGAGUAGACGAAUAGACGAGCUUUUGAUAAGAUAUUAUGCGCUUUCUAACUCUAUCAAACUAAAUGUUAGGACAUAUUGUAGAGUUUAAUGUAAAUAGUAUAACAGAGUUAACAGGUAAAUGCUUCCACUUGCAGUCACUUCACCUCUGACUUGUUUUUGUAUUUUCUUUUCAAAAUGAACUCUAGAUGUUGAUGAUUUGGGCUUUGUGCGAUUGUUGUUUCGAGUGUGUUUUGCUGGUUGUGUUAGCGAUGCUGCAUCACAGCAAGAGUUUGAAUCUUUCUGUCUAAAGUUUACAUGUUUAUUCUUUGCCUGCACGGUACGAAAGCUUUUUUUUAUUUUUGAGUAUUUAAAAAUAAAUGUGUAAAUGUAGGUAUUUUAUUGUUUAUAUGCAGACUCAAAUGGCUCAGUGAUUAUUCUAAUGUGUCUUUAUUUAUUGAGGUUUUGAGUUGAGGCUGGAAGAAGGGAAGAAAAGGAUAUAAUUGUAGUUCUGCUUCAGUUGUUUUAAUCAAAUGCAAAAAAUAUGUUUGUUUUCUUUAUAAAUGCUUAUUUGAAAUAGAAGGUAAAGCCGCCUGUCUUUUUUUUUUUUUUACAUAGAAGCUAAAUUAUUGUUAUGUGUAGUAAAACACUGGACUAGUUAUAAAAUAUUGAUUCAAAGGUUUUUUGUUUUUUUAUUUUAUUUUUUUGUGUGUGGUUUAAUUGUGACUUAAAAUCCCCAAACUUCUGUUCUCCUUUUUUUUAUUGUGGUAUUUUCAGUCAAACAAGAGAUAUUCUGUGGAUUUGUAUUGCAAUAAUAGUUACUUCAAACUAUUUUAGUUAUUGCUUUUGGUAUUUUAUCAUUUUACUGACAGAUUUUUAUGUUUCUCAAAACAAAGAAAAACUUUGUCACCUGUUUGUUAUUUUGUCUCACAGUUUGCAAUAAGUCUUUCUUACAUUCUCGUGGUAGUUCUGUUCAUGUAAAUUCUAUUACAAAUUUAUUUUUAUGUGACAGUGGACUAGAAAUGUUUUCUCUUUAAACAGACAUGCAGUUGUUCUGUCGAUGUGACCCAUCUGGCCCUCCUCUACUAUCCCGUGCAGUUUCUGGGACAUCAAAGCGAAAAAAGAAAAAAAAAGACCAUCUGAUCCGAACAAGACAGAAAAAA